UCGAGCGAGAACAGUGGUAAUUGUGAAAAUGUGAUUUCAUUUCCUGCUGAAUUGGGUUCUGUGGACGAUUGAAGCUUUAAAUCCAGGGAAAAACAAAGUGGAGCUGCGAGGAGUAGCGUUGUUGGGAGUUGUUUUUUAACUUUAUUAAAGAGACUGGAGUGUUUUUCGGACCAAAACAAAAAAAACGCGUAGGAAGGAGAGUAGUGUUGGUAUCUAUAGUGAGCAAAUGGGACGACAUGUGAGGGAGUGAGUAAGAAAGAAGUGAUGUAAACGCCAGCUGGUUCCGGACAGCAGAAGCAGCAGUGUUGGGGUUGAAGGCACAUCAAACAGCAACUUUACACUGAACGUCACCACACCCCGUCCGUAGCAAUGAAUAACUAUUGGGACCUUCUCAACACCCACCGCUGCCACCAUCCCCUUAACUCCUGUUUCCUCCGAUGGACCGCGCCGGUCCGUCCCUCACCGGUCCGGGAUCUUACUGCCCGUACAGUACCGAUUCCAGCUCGUCGGCAAGGUCCUACGUCCGGCCCUUCGACACUAUAAGGGCUCUGCACGAGACGAUCGUAUCGCUACGAACGGCCCUAGAGGAUUCCCGACGGGAGAACGAACGGCUUCAGAAGCAGAUCAACGUUCGGGACGUCGUCGAAGAAGGUCGAGGCUUUCUGAAAGACUACAACAGUCACACCUACGGCAGCACUCCGAAGAAUUUGAAUACCAGUGUGGAAACGGAAGAGUCCAAGCUACCGCCAGACCGAAAGCCAAAGAAGCUGAAAAAAAGAAGAAGUAAUCAAGAAUCCAAUACUGGUCCCGCAGAAGAAGAAGACGAGAGUACACCGACGGUGCAGGAAGUGCGGGAAGAAUCGUCUAAAAAGAAACACCAACCGAGGGAUGUGCAAAGCCACCAGAAGGUGUCUGUAAUUCCGGAUAUUCAAAUUAUUUCACACCCAGCAGCGGGAAGUGGCCACUCAGCAAUGGCAUCCAGAAUCGACGUGAAGAUCAAGGUGUCGUCGAACAUCAACGUUGACGGAAGUAGCUCGGAAGCGGAUAGCUCCGAAACGGGUAAGGAAGACAUUGAGGCGAAGGAGCAGGAUGCUUCCGAAACUCCGGAAGAUGAGGACAAGACGAUCGCUGAGGAUAGAACGGAUAAUGUGACGGUAAAGGAAGAGUUCAUCAAAGGUGAUGCUUCUAAUUUGAAGAUCAAUUUGACGAACGAAGAAAACUUGAGCGUGACAAGGUCUACCGAAGGCAUCAAUAUUAGGCAGACUUCCUCGGAGAAUCUUCAUGUGGAUGUUGAUCGACAGAGUAAUCCAUCUAUUUCGGAAGGAGAUAACUCGGUGUUCACAGAGGACGUCACAACUCCGGUAGAAGCCGACCAGGAAGGUGCAACCGGAUAUACGGCACCGGAACCGAGGACUUCAGUGAAAAAGAGUGAAUCCGAAAAUCAAGAAGAAGUAGACGAUAUCGAGUUGAUAUUCUCUUCAGACGAUAACAAGGACAUAAUUCAAGAAGACUUGGUAUCCAUUUCGGACUACGAACCAUGGCAGGAAGCAGGACAGGCGGGAACUCCUGUGUUGAUUAAGUACAAGCACCUCUCUUCGGAUCAGGAAUCUAGUCAGAAGAAUUCGAUUGAACGAAGUGAUAGUGAAGUAGUGGAAGGGGAGGGUUCUCGCAAAAAUCUACUGUCGAAAGAGAAAAGCUUAGAGAGUCAGGAUUCGCUAAAUGUUGAAAACACGAAGAAGAGUCUGGAGUUUAGAACCAAGUCCUCCAGUUUGGAGAAGGAUAACAGUUUGGAUUACGGGGGAGGGGAAGUGCAGAGGGACGAUAGUUUCGACGUUGGUGCUACUAGUGGUUUGGGGAAACGAUGGACUAACUACAACGUGUUGAUCGAGACGGAUAUUUCCAAGUGCGGUAUUGUGGAGGACAACAUUCUGGACAUGGGCAGGAGGAAUACCUGUCCCAACCCUCCGGCGUACAGGCCUAUCAUCCACACGGGGUCACGCUCACCGGCUACGGCUUCCAACCGUAGCCCGUUAGCAGUGAAGUUUUCCCGAAGUCCUCGCACCUACUCACCACAUCAGUAUCUUCCACCGGGUAAAACCCUUCGAACGGUGACAGCUGCAGACAGUUCACCGCACAAUUUCGCCUCCAGCGAAGAAGCCAAACGUUCCCGGGCAGCGCAAACCGAUAUCACAGCCCUUUCACAGCAAUGGCGCUCGGAAACUCACCUUCCGGUGACCGAGUACGGGACCGGUCUAUACACCCUUCCAUCGAAAUUUGUUCCUCCUCCGACGACCGGAAGUCGCAAGUAUUCGCUACGACCAUCCGAUAAAACCCAAGAGGCCCGGCGAGUGCUGUUGAGCGAUAUCAAUUUCACCAGCAUGGUACCGGAGCUAUCGCGCUCGGCGGACCACCUCUGCCAGCACCCGGAGCAGGACGAACCGGACGAGAACAGUGAAAAUCGCUCACCUAACUACUGCAAGGGCAAUCUGCUCAAGACUCCGGAUCCGGUUAAGGGGAUUCCACCGAGUUACAGCAUGACUUCACCAGGGGUUUCCCAGUGGACGGUGAACGAAAGCAGCAUCGCCACGCAGACUACCCAAACCGACGCAUAUUGGGCCGAUCGAGGUGACUCGUUCGAUUCGUCUAAAAGCUACUCGCUCGGAUCACGGUACAGCACUCUGAGCAAACAUCAUCGCUCUCGGAGUGUACCGUCGAUCCGGUGCGCCAUCUGCAGGCAAAGUCACCAGUCGUCUACACUACGGCCUUCGGAGAGCAUGCACUACACUCCAAGGGUCACUUUCCAAGAACCGACGCACAAGAUACGGGGAUCGCUACCGGAUCUGAGGCACGACUGCAACUGCCCGCGAAGGUAUGGUGGUCCCUCCCUGUACAGGAUUCAUGGCGAUUCCGGUGGUUCAACGGAUAGUCUACUGGAGGAGGCCGAGGACUUCUUGCGAAGGUCCAUCGAAGGUAACAUCAUGCUGGAAGAUCCCGGAGGUCACUGUGAGCCUCCGCUUAAUCCUCCACCGUUAUCUAUUGUCGGAACGACCAAGCACCGAAGGUGCUCCGAGAAUGACAUCCAACGUGAUUACAUCCCCUCGAAACAGGCACUGCCAUUCCUGCCAAAGACCGCCAAAUGUCUCAAGCCGGGACAUCUAGCGAAGGUGAUAGCCCGCAACGGACGGGUCAUAGUCGGCAGGGUGCGCUAUAUUGGCCCGCUGGCGGGCUGUAGCAGUGCCUCCGGUGAACCGGAUGAAACCUACGUAGGCCUACAGCUUCCCAACAACCUGGGUGAUUGUGAUGGAUCGAUUGAUGGAAGAAAGUUCUUUGACUGUGAGCCACAGCAUGGAAUCUUCGUCCCCUUCAAGAAGGUCGUCAUGGCGUGGAACUCCUAAGAGAGCGGAAACGGAUGGCAGGACGACGAGAAGAGGAAAACGGGACGAUGAACAUAUUUCAGUUUUUUGCUGCUUGCAAGCGACAUGUGCGAUUUGACGGCCUACAAUGACGGAUACGACUAGUACGAAGCACCUACAGAAAGGCAGAUCAGAAAGGUUCCGAACGAAUAUCAGCUAGGUACUCAUAGCAGGAGGGCUUUUCCUCGCAGAAGAAAGAUACGAUACCCACCCACUCCUGUGUGGUGACAUUGUGUAAGUUUCGGGAGAUGCAAAAUAGACCCAUCAAUGGAUGCCUACAGAGGGGGAGAAGGGGUGAAUCUGCGAAGGCUAUUGAAUUUAUUGGAGAGCUCUUCGCUUCCUGUCGGUUUCUUGCUCCACUUGUAUUUUUAAUGCGAACGAAAGUAUAUGAGCAAGAAUGGACGAAAUUGUCAAAGCAAAUCUCUGAACAGUGCAGGAACUGGAAAAGUUUUCCGCUUAUUCUCCGGAGAAAAAAAAAAUUAGCUCAUUAAUCGAAAGCGAGUCGCAGCUGGUGUCAAAUAAUCAAGCAAUUUUACGACAUAACUUUCCUGGAGGGAAAUAAUUCGUCUGCAACGUUCUACACCAGCGCAAGCCCGCUAAUUAUUGAUUAUGUUGGUGGCGCAGUGCGAUGAAGGAUGAGAGAGGUAGUUAAUAAUAGAUUUUUUUUAUGCAAGCCUCUAAGCCUAGACUGAAAGAUUGUGAAAUCUUUCCUAAGGGAAAAUCUGGUGCAGAAGGAAGUAAAGCAGUAAACGAAAAGAAAGGGUUAUGAAUAAUUAAGGAUUUCUUCUCAUCUAUGGGGAAUUGAUGUUGGAAGGUCUUCAACUGAGAAUGCAGAAAAAACGGCCAUUGAAGCAUCUCUAACUAACUAUAAUGAGGCUUGACUUUGUUGAUUUUCGGGUCAAAAGAGGCAUCAAAGACUGUCUGGAAAUAUUUGUAGACAUAUUUACUCGCGCCAGCAGCUCUUGCAACUCCUUUAUGAUUGAAAUCAAUUGUCAGUCACAAGUCUGCACUUUUUCCUAAAUUAUUUAAAAAAAAACUGCAAUAUCAAAUCGGUGUGUUAUUCAAUUGGCAAUGGCGUGGUCUGGAGGCGGUCCGCCCUGGGUGACAUGUUUUGAUUUAAAUUUAAACUUGAUUCACAUACAAUUCCACAAUCAUAUUUUGGAAAACUUUAUGCUUCGACUGUUUACUAAUUGCCGAGUUUAUUUUAUCAACGAGCUUCUGUUAGUGACUGCAUGUAAUUAAUUAAUUCUCAUAUUAUUAUGCAAUUAUUUUUGACAGACAACAAGUAAGAAUGUUACAACCCUCGCAGGAUUCUGUUUGAAAGUCAGCAAAUCUGUUAAAUUUAACUCAGAAAAUGGCAGGAAGUUUCAUCCAAUUUCCGAAAGAAGUUUCUUCCAACAUUCCUCGGAAGUUUAAUUAAAUGUCCCCCUGGAAGUUUCUUCCAAUUCCCCAGAAAACUGCUUUGGUUUUUUAGGAUGCUGUUUCUCGACUUUCUCCAUCCAUAGAGAGCUUCAAGUAUCAGAGAGAACCAAAAUGAC